AUGAAAAUAUUCAUGAAAAUGUUGUGCCCCGUUUGUUUUGGCACUGCUUCUGAACCUCAUUUCGGAGCAUUAGUAUGUCGAGCAUGUGCCGCAUUUUUUCGGAGAAGAGUUAUGUCAAAAAGAGCAGCGAGAUGCACGAAUAAUGGAAACUGUGAGAUUUCGGAUAAUCGAGAGAACUUUAAUUGCAAAUUUUGUCGGAUGGAGAAAUGUUUGAGAGCUGGAAUGAGGAUUGAACGUGAGUUAGGCGAACUUGUAGAUGGUAGGAUGUUUGAGAAACUGGUUUUUGAGAAUUUUAAAGCUGCUUCUGAUACUAAAAAGAUUUUCAGUGCAUAAUAAUUUAUGGAAAAAUAUUUUUCGCUGCAAGCUUUUUUCAAAAAAAAACCGUGAUCUUAAAACUGAAAGUUUUCUGAAGUUUUCUGGAAACUACAGUAAUCCUAUACUAGUUUGCAUCAAAAAAUCUUUUAUUUCAGAUGUUCAAGGACACCGUGAUCGUCAUGAUAAUUCAAAACCAGCUCGUGACAAGACCGUCUAUCCCUGGUGUUAUCAAACUCUCAACAUCUCACCAACUCCUUUCCCAAAUUUCCGACUCGCUCUCCUCCAGACGAAUUUCAGUCAACUUCUCAAAUCGCGCACAAAAUUCUUCCCCAAAAAGAAACAAAAUCGAGGACUUCAUUUAGCCGAAGCUUUGCCAAUUUUCCAAAAAGACGUGGUCUUUGCUGCCACGUGGAUUCGAAAUACAUUUCCAGAAUUGAAACUUUUGGAUGAUUCUCAACAAAAUAUUUUGUUUCGCAAUUUUUAUAUGAAAUUCACUAUUUUCGAGCCCGCAUUUCUCGCAAUUUUAUUGGGAAAACCGAAAACAUAUCAUUUGCCAACUGGGGAUACGGUAGAUGAAGUUAGCAGAUAUUAUACAAAGCAUUUGAUAAAUCCCCCAAAGAUUGAUCUAAACGAGGUGUCAAGGUAACAACACAACUAGAGUCUAGUUUUCAUUUAUGUUUUUGCAGAUUAUUCAACCCAUAUUGGAGUGAUUUCCGAGCAACACUAAUUGAUCCAGUUAUUCGAGCAAAUAUCACAAUUAACGAGUUUCUUUUACUUUGCGCAGUUUCUUUAUGGGAUAUUGGAUUAGUCGGACAAAACAAAAAAUGUGAACUUUUAUGUGAUUCAAUGCGUCAGAAAAUAUAUAAAGAGUUAGCCGAACUUUGUCAACAUUCACCCUUUCGAAUGGCUGAAAUAAUGUUGCUACUUCCUGCAAUUCAAAGAGGUGUAGAUGUUUAUGAAGAAGAACUUCGAAUGGGUGGAUUAUAUCGAUUUUUAGUUACUGAAAAUACAGAUGAUUGGUAUAAAAUGGUCGGUGGACCGAUUUGAAAAAUAAUUAAUAAAUAUUUUUACUUGUGAUGGCCUAAAAAUUUGAAAUUUCUUAACAAAAAUGUCAUACUCGCAUUUUAUCGAAUUACAGAAAUAUUCGUAAUUCUCUAAAAACCCAAAAAACUUCAAUUUUUCCACGCUUCCCGUUAUUUUAAGUGUCCAAGUUGGGCAGUAACCAAAUUUAAACCUGGUCUCAUUUCCUUUCAACCUUAUCAUCAUAUACACACCUCGGCCAAAAUCGUGGUUUCCACAAUAAAAAAUUGUACGCUAACUUUUUACAGUACAAAAAUUGUGAAUUUUUCAGUUUUUGUCCUCUAAAAAUUGUGAUUUUUCAAUUUUUGACCUCUAAAAACUUGAAUUAAGAUUUUUCAAAAAAUUGUACUCUGGCCAGCCACGGCUUGGCCGAGGUGUGAUCAUAUAAUUCAAGGACACCUGAACUAUGACGUGGCAAUUUAGAAUUUUCCAAAGAACAAAAAACAAAAAACACUACCAACAUUUUUUGUUCCAAGCUAAAAAUAUGUUAUGGUGUGAGUGACAAUUGAAUUUUCUCUCGUUUUUGCAAGCAAAAAUGAUUGUUUUUCGUCUGACUCAUUGAGUUUUCCAAUUUCAUCUCACCUAAAACAGCUUUUCCUUUUUCUUCAAAAUUAAAGUCCGCCUCCCAACUCUUCUUUAUUAUUUCAUUUUGGCAACACCAAACAACACAUUAUUAAGUAGGCUUCUGGAAAAAAUCUCAAAACUACGUUGCACUUUUGUCCGUAAUCUCUUGGGACAAUUUAGUGUGGUGAAAACACAACAAACAGAAAAAAAUUGAAAAGGAAAGGAAAAUAUUUUUUUGAUGAUUGAAGUCGUGCUCGUUCGAGCAUGUUUCUUUGAUUUUCGUCAUUUUUUUUGCUGUGUGUUUUGUUUUUUCUUUUGCUCUCACAAAAUCAAAUUAGAAGUACACUUUCAUUUUUCUAACUGAAUAUGGCGAAUCUUUGAUUCCUAAACUCUAUUUCUUCUCUCGUGACGAAGUAGAAAAAUGUUGCGAAGCGGCAAAAAAGAUACUUCACUCAAGAUAAUGAAAUUACAAAGUGUGUGUGAGACGAGGGGGAAAUUUUUGAAUUCAUUUUCCAGUUUUUCUUUUUUUUUCAUUUAUACAUACGUUGAUGUAUAAAUUUUUUGUUCUUCUAUUGUUAGAUUUGUCUGAAGUUAUGACGUGGCAAAGCUUUUUUUCAAGAUAUUUCACAAAGCAUGUCAAAAAUUACUAGAAAACAUGAAUUUUACAAAAUUUUUCCUCGAAAAUAUCUGGAUUUUCAGUUUCAAAAUUUCAAAAAAAUUUUUUCGAUUUCGUGAAUACAAGAAAAGGACCCAAAACAAUCUGAAAAAGUUCCUUGUUCGCUCAUUUUUUUCUCCAAAAAAAACCGCCUGCUCGCCGGAAAUUCAAAAUAAAUUUAAAUUUCAGAUUUAAUUGUGUUUCAACAUGCACUUUUCCAUCAUUUGGUGAGUUGUUUUUCUGGGCAGCAAUUUUAAAUUUCUCUAUCUCAAUCAACCAUAAAUCUAAUGCACUUCGUCAUUUUUUUUACUUUCGAAAAAAAAUAAAAUAACAAAGCUAAUCACAUCUCAAAAAUGAUGAGUAACAUUAAAUUUUAUGGCAUUGUGUUAAAAAGCUCUCAGCUUUCAGCUUUUACGACUUAUUUUAUCUUGGUAUUUUUCAGCUCCCAAAAAUAUUUUAGUAUAGUAGUCUAUUCAGGUUCUUGGAAUAUUUUUGAAUUAUUCAAUUUUUUUCCUUUUUUCAUAGAAAGUAACCGAAGAAACCAUGUGAAAAAUGAAAAUGAGAAAAAAUCCAGAGAUUAACUGGAAUUAAAUUUUUCAUUUAUUUUCAUUUUCUAAUUUCUAAUUUUGUGUUUCAGACAUGUCUAAAAUUCUUCUCGCCGUUCUUUUCACAUUAAUGUUAGUUACUGUGGAUGGAUAUUCGAGAUUCGGGUCAAACAGAGUUCAAAAGUGAGUUUAUAUUGGGAAAUCAGAGAAAUUAUGGACCGCACUUUAAAAAUCGUAAAUUUGAAUCGGACUAUUUCAAAGUCUUCCAAAUUUUUCUCAAAACAUCGGAGUUGGUCGCGAUUCAGAAUAAAUUGAGUGUAGCUUGAUCGUAUUCCUGAUUUCAUUGCUCUCUCUCUCUCUCUCUCUCUCUCUCUACGGCUUCUCUCGCCGCCUUAUUUUCUCUAUCUGUCUAGCAUUGCUGCACUUCUAUACAAGCUGACUUCUCUAUGUCUAUCACUUUCUAACAAUAUCCAAAUUCCUAGUUUCUCUGCGCCUAAAAAAUUCUUGUUUCAGAGUUCAAGCCGUAGAAGAGGCUCCAAAAAGUAUCAAUGAUCAAAUUCUCCAAGGAUCUCCAGUCAGAUAUUACGGUCGAUUCAGGUUAGCCUAACUCUUGAGUUCUAUUUUUGUUCAAAACGAAUCACAAAUAUACGUUUUUGCAGAGGUGGAAACGACGACGUCCUCAAUCGCUAUUUCAAUCGACUUCUCUGA